GAGGGGCGCGGCCACUGGGAGCCGGUCCGGCGGGCGAGCUGGACGCGCGUCUGGCCCUUUAAGGGCCGCGGGCGAGGAAGCUUUGGGCCGGCUGGCUCCAGGCGCUCCUUCCUGGUCCUGCGGGCGGUCGGAGGGGGCCGCGCCCGGUGCCCCCAGCCUGGCCACAUGGCCCUGGUCACCGUGAGUCGUUCGCCCCCGGCCAGUGGCCAUGCCACGCCCGUGGAGCGCCCGGACUGGGCGGCCAAGCGCAGAGGCCGACUCCAGCGCAGGCAGAGCUUUGCCGUGCUCCGAGGCACGGUCCUGGGUCUGCAGGACAGCGGGGACGAGGGAGAUGUGGCGGAGGCCGGCCCCGAGCCAGCGGGGGCACCCCUGGGUGAGGACCAGCCCCCUGGUGCCCAGCUGGACUCGGAGCCCGGGGAGCAGAAGGACGCAGAGCCGGGGGAGCACGGCCUGCAGGAGCAGGAGCAGGAGCAGGAGCAGAGCCGGCACCUGCGCCUCAUGGUGCAGCUACUGAGGCCGCAGGACGACAUCCGUCUGGCAGCCCAGCUGGAGGCAGCCCGACCCCCAAGGCUCCGCUACCUGCUGGUGGUCUCCCCCAGCGACAGCCAGGAUGAAACGGUGCUCCUGGGGGUAGACUUCCCGGACAGCAGAUCCCCUAGCUGUACACUGGGCCUAGUCCUGCCUCUCUGGAGUGACACCCAGGUGUACCUUGAUGGAGAUGGGGGCUUCAGUGUGACUUCCGGAGGGCAGAGCCGGAUCUUCAAGCCCAUCUCCAUCCAGACCAUGUGGGCCACGCUGCAGGUGCUGCACCAGGCCUGCGAGGCCGCUCUGGGCAGUGGGCUUGUGCCCGGAGGCAGCGCCCUCACCUGGGCUGGCCACUACCAGGACCAGCUGAGCUCCAACCGGAGCUGCCUCAACGAGUGGACGGCCAUGGCUGACCUGGAGUCCCUGCGGCCGCCCAGCACCGAGCCCGGCCGGCCCUCUGAGCAGGAGCAGAUGGAGGAGGCCAUCCGUGCUGGGCUGUGGGAGGUGCUGGAGGUCAGCGACCUGGACAGCGUCACUUCUAAAGAGAUCCGCCAGGCCCUGGAGCGGCGCCUGGGCUACCCGCUGCAACGGUCCCGUGACUUCAUCGACAACCAGAUGCUUCUGCUCAUGGCGCAGCGUGACCGUGCGUCCAUGAUCUUUCCGCACCUCUACCUGGGCUCCGAGUGGAAUGCAGCCAACCUGGAGGAGCUGCAGAGAAACAGGGUCAGCCACAUCCUCAACAUGGCCCGAGAGAUCGACAACUUCUUCCCAGAGCGCUUCAUCUACCACAACGUGCGUGUGUGGGACGACGAGGCCGCCCAGCUGUUGCCCUGCUGGAAAGAGACACACCGAUUUGUGGAGGCGGCGAGAGCGCAGGGCACUCGGGUGCUGGUCCACUGCAAGAUGGGCGUGAGCCGCUCGGCGGCCACGGUGGUGGCCUACGCCAUGAAGCAGUACGGCUGGAGCCUGGAGCAGGCGCAGCGGCACGUGCAGGAGCGCAGGCCGGUGGUGCGGCCCAACCCUGGCUUCCUGCGCCAGCUGCAGACCUACCAGGGCAUCCUGACAGCCAGCCGGCAGAGCCAAGUCUGGGAGCAGAAAGUGGGGGCCGCCUCCCCUGAGGAGCCCCUGGCCCCCGAGGUCUCUGCACUGCUGCCGCCUCCUCCCCCAGAACCAGGGGACACUGGGGAGGCGAAGGCCGUGGAGCUGGAGGAGAGCCAGACAGCUCCCCAAGAGGAGCCAGGGUCCCGGCCCCGGAUCAACCUCCGUGGGGUCAUGAGGUCCAUCAGCCUCCUGGAGCCCCCCUUGGAGCUGGAGAGUGACCCUGAGGCCAGCAACCUGCCAGAGGUUUUCUCCAGCGAGCCUUCAGAUGGAAGCCCUCCCCAGACCCUCCCUCUGCCCACCCAGGCCAAGUGUGGCCGGCAGCCACGCAAGGGGCCUUGGCCGGCCCUGAAGUCCCGCCAGUCUGUGGUCGCGCUCAACAGCGCCGCCCUGGUGGCCAGCAGGACCCGGGCCUUCCGCGAGCAGGAGCAGGGCCAAGGCGGGGCAGGUGGCGUCUCCACUUCCAGGCUCCGGAAGGUGGUGAGGCAGGCCGGCAUGGAGGGUGGCACGGAGGAGGGUGGGGCCUGAGACCACCCCAUCCAGAUUGGUGCUUCUAGACUGAGCACCCCUGGAUUCUGUCAGCCCCCCAUACACACACACACACACGCAGACACACACACUACAGCCUUGCGCGUUCCAGCCUUAAGCCUCAGACCCGCAUCCACUUAUCCAAGGGCUCAAGACUUUCUCUGUCACAGAGACUGGAGAGGGUCUGGGGCUGACGGCACCCUGGCCUCAUUCUCCCCUGCUGCCCCACCCCCAGCCUCCCUCUGCCCUCCCCAGCUCCUGGGGCCUCAGGCCAAAGUGACACUGCCUCUUGCCCCCCACCCCCAGAGCAAAGAGUUGCCUCAGUGUUUGGUGCCAAGUCCAGGGGGGCUGCCAGGUGGGCUCCCGAUACCCUCAGACUGGCCCCAGUCUUUCGCUGCCGCCCCAGGGCAGGGGCAGGGGCAUGGGCACGGGCUAAAGGGUCUUGGUUUUGUCUCCCGUGACCUCUCGCCAGCACUUUUCAGCAUCCCGACAGCCUGGCUUUGUACUUGGAAAUAAAAGGCACUUUCUUACAA